AUGGCGAGGAUCUGUAAUUCACGCGCUGGAGUAACGUUGUUGUCACUGAUCUUGUUUUGUUUAACGGCUAGUAACCAUAUAGUACCAGUAGCAGAAGCUAUAUGGUUAUCAAUCCCUAACUCGGGAAGCAAGUGUGUUUCGGAGGAGAUCCAGAACAGCGUGGUUGUUUUGGCUGAUUACUAUGUUAUCAACGAAGAACAUCCCCAACACCCCGUUACUGUUACUGUCCGGGUAACAUCCCCAUAUGGCAACAACCUUCAUCACACUGAAAAUGUGACUCAUGGCCAGUUUGCAUUUACAACCACUGAGGCUGGUAACUACUUGGCAUGUUUCUCAUUAGAUGGCCAUCAGGAACCAGCUGUGAGUAUAACUCUGAGCCUUGACUGGAAAAUUGGAAUCGCUGCGAAGGAUUGGGAAUCUGUGGCAAAGAAAGAAAAGAUUGAGGGUGUUGAACUUGAAGUAAGGAGACUUAAAGAUCAUGCAGAGGCCAUCCACAAUAAUCUAAUCUAUCUCAAGCAAAGGGAAGCUGACAUGAGAGAGGUCAGUGAAAAAACCAAUUCUAGAGUGGCAUGGUUCAGUAUCAUGUCCCUUGGGGUCUGCAUCGUGGUUUCCGUUUUGCAGCUGUGGCACUUGAAGAGUUACUUCCAAAAGAAGAAGCUUAUAUAA